AUGGCCCGGCCCGCCACCGCCCCGGGGACCUCGGCGGGACCCAGUGGCCCGCCCCCGCCCCGGGGACCUCGGUCGGGCACCCAGUGGCCCGGCCCGCCCCGGGGACCUCGGCGGGCCAAACUGGCCCGCCCGCCCCGGGGGACCUCGGCGGGGCCGACUGGCCCGCCCGCCCCGGGGAACCUCACGGCGGGCCAAGUGGCUCCGGCCACGCCCCCGGGCCCCGGGGACCUCGGCGGGACCAGUGGCCCGCACCCAGCCCCGGGGACCUCGGGGCGGGCCCAGUGGCCCGCCCGCCCCGGGGAACCUCAGCUCGGGCCCCUAGUGGCCCGCCCCGCCCCCGGGGACCUCGGCGGGCCGACUGGGCCCGCCCGCCCCGGAGGGGACCAUCGGGGGCCGGGACCUGGGCACUGGCCCUCCGCCCACCCCUGGGGACCCUCGGCGGGCCCAAGUGGCCCGCACCGCCACCCGGGGGACCCGCGGAGGGCCGACUGGGCCCGACCCGCCCCAAGGGGGACCUCGGCGGGCCGACUAGGCCCGGCCGCCCGGACCCGGGGAACCUCAGGCGGGCCCAUGGGCCCGAAGGCCCCGGCCCCGGGGGACCCGGCGGGACCCAGUGGGCCCCGCCCGCACCCGGGGACCUCGGCCGGGGCCCAGGGCCCCGGCCACCUCCGCCCCAGGGAACCUCGGCGGGCCCAGUGGCCCCGCCCCGCCCCGGGGGACCUCGGCCCGGGGGCCCAGUGGCCGGCCCCCCCCGCCCCCCCGGGGACCUCGGAGGGCCCAGUUGGCACCCGCCCGCCCCGGGGGACCGCGGCGGGGGCGGGCCGACCUGGCCCGCCCGCCCCGGGGACCUCGGCGGACCCCGAGGGCCCGCCCGCCCCGGGGACAUUGGACGGGCCACGUGGCUCCCGCCCGCCCACCCGGGGACCUCGGCGGGCCGAAACUGGCCCGCACCCGCCCCGGUGGGACCUCCCGGCGGGCGGCUGGCCCGCCCGCCCCGGGGACCUCGGAGGGCCCAGUGGCACCGCCCGCCCCCAGGCGGGACCUCGGCGGGCCCAGUGGCCCCGCCCGCCCCGUGGGGACCUCGGCGGGCCCAGUUGGCCGCCCGCCCCCCCGGGGGUAACUCCCGGCGGGGCCCAGUGGCUCCGGCCCGCCCGCCCCGGGACCUCGGCGGGCCCAGUUCGGCCCCCGGCUCCCGGGGAGGGGACCUCGGCGGGCCGACGGCCCGGCCCGCCCCGGGACCCCGGGGACCCUCGGCGGGGACCCAGUGGCCCUAGCCCCGGCCCAGGGAACCCUCGGGGGCCCAGUGGGCCCACGGGGCCCUGCCCGCCCCGGGGAACCUCGGCGGGCCGACGGACCUGGGCCCGCCCCCCUGGGGACCUCGGCGGCGGGCCGACUGGCCCACCCGUCCCCGGGGACCUCGGCGGGCCCAGUGGGCACCCGCCCGCCCCGGGGUACCAUCGGCGGGGGGCCAGACUGCCCGGCUUCACCGCCCGCCCCCUACCCCCCGGGGACCGUGCUGGACCUCGGGCGGGGAACUGGCCCGACCCGCCACCCCGGGGACCACGGCGGGCCCAGUGGCCCGCCCUCCCACCCCGGGGGACCAUCGGAGGGCCCAGUGGCCCUAGAGCCCCGCCCCGGGGACCUCGGCUGGGGCCCAGUGGCCCGCCCCGCCCCGGGGACCGCGGCUGGGACCCCAGUGGCCCGCCCGCCCGGGGACCUCGGCAGGGCCCAGUGGCACCCGCCGCCCCGGGGACCUCGGCCGGGGCCGACUGGCCCGCCCGCCCCGGGGAACCUCGGCGGGCCGACUGGCCCCGCCCGCCCCGGGGGACCUCGGCGGGCCAACUGGCCCGCCCGGCCCCAAGGGGACCUCGGCGGACCCAGUGGGCCCAGCCCGCCCCGGGGACCCUGGCCGGGCCCAGUGGCCGCCCGCCCCGGGGACCUCGGGGUCCGGGACGGAAAUGCCCGCCCGCCCCGGGGGACCUCGGCGGGCCGAACUGGCCCGCCCGCCCCGGGGGACCUCGGCGGGGCACCCAGUGGCCUGCACCCGCCCCGGGGAACCUCCCGGCGGGGCGACUAGGCCCGCCACCGGCCACCCGGGGGGACCUCGGCGGGAGGACUGGCCCGCCCGCCCCGGGGACCUCGGCCGGAAACCCAGUGGCCCGAGGCCCGCCCGGCCCCGGGGGAACCUCGGCGGGGGCACCAGUGGCCCGCCCGCCCCGAGGGGGACCUGGCGGGAGGGACCUGGAUCCGGCCCCGCCCCCCCGGGGGACCUCGGCGGGCCCGACUGGGCUCCGCCCGCCCCGGGGACCUCGGCUGGGCCCAGUUGGCCCUGCCCCGCCCCGGGGACCAUCGGCGGGCCCCAGUGGCCCGCCCCGCCCCCCGGGGCACCUCGGCGGGCCCAGUAAGACCCCCCGCCCCAGAGGGGACCUCGGCGGGCCCAGUGAGGCCCCGCCCGCCCUGGGGACCCUCGGCGGCGGGCACCAGUGGCCCGGCCCGCCACCCGCCCCGGGGACCCUCGGCGGGCCGACUAGCCCGAACCCCGCCCCAGGGGACCUCGGCGGGCCGACUGGCCCGCCCGACCCCGGGGACCUCGGCGGGACCCAGUGGCCCGCCCGCACCCCGGGGACCCUCGGCGGGCCCAGUGGCCCGCCCCCCGCCCCGGGGACCUCGGCGGGCCGGACUGGACCGCCCGCCCCGGGGACCUCGGCGGGCCGAUGGCACCCGCCCGCCCCACGGGGACCUCCCGGCGGGCCCAGUGGGCCCGCCCGCCCCGGGGACCCUCGGGCGGGCACCCCAGUGGUCCGCACCCGCCCCGGGGACCUCGGCGGGCCGACUGGCCCGCCCGCCCCGGGGACCGUGGGACCCGACGGGACCGACAUGGCCCAACCCGCCACCCCCCCGGGGACCUCGGAGGCCCGGGUCGACUGGGCCCACCCGCCCCGGGGGACCUCGGAGGGGGGCACCCAGUGGCCCCGACGCCGGGCCCCCGGGGACCUCGGCGGGCACCAGACUGGCCCGCCCGACCCCGGGGACCCUCGGCGGGCCCAGUGGGCCCGCCCGCCCCGGGGGACCUCGGCGGGACCGACCUGGGCCUGCCCGCCCAGGGGACCCUCGGCGGGGGCCCAGUGGCCCCGCACCCGCCCCGGGGACCUCGGCGGGCCGGACUGGGCCCGCCCCCCGCCCCAGGGGACCUCGGCGGACCCAGUGUGGCCAGCCCCGCCCCAGGGGGACCUCGGCGGGCUAGGGCCCCGGCCCGCCCCGGCCCGGGGGACCCUAGGCGGGCCGACUGGCCCGCCCGCACCCCGGGGACACUCGGCUGGGCUGACUGGCCCGCCCGCCCCGGGGACCUUGGCGGGCCGAACUGGGCCCAGCCCAGCCCUGGGGACCUCGGCGGUGGGCCCUAGUGGCCCGGCCCGCCCCGGAGGACCGCGGCUCGGGGCCCAGUGGCCUAAGCCCGCCCGGGGGACCUACGGCGGGCCCAGGAGGCCCGACCCAGACCCGGGGACCUCGGCGGGUGCCUCCUGGGCCCGGCCUCCCGGGCCCCGGGGACCUCGAGGCGGGCCUCCUGGCCCGCCCGCCCCCGGGGACCUCGGACUGUUGCCAUCCGGGCCCGCCCGACCCGUGGGACCUCCCGGCGAAGCCUCCUGGCCCGCCCGCCCCGUGGGGGACCUCGGCGUGCCUCCUCUGGCCUGCCCCGCCCCCGGGGAUCUCGGGCGUGCCAUCCUGGCACCGCCAGACCCAGGGUUAUCGGCGGAGCCUCCUGGCCCGCCCGCCCCGGGGACCUCGGUCAGGGACCAUCCUGGGACCCACCCCGCCCCGGGGAUCUCGGCGGGCUACCCCUGGCUCGCCCGCCCCAGGGUUUCUGGCUUGCCUCCUGGCUCCCGCACCCGCCCCGGGGACCCGGCGGAGGGCCUCCUGGUCCCCACCCGCCCCCGGGGAUCGCGGAGGGCCUCCUGGCUCCGGCCCCCGGGGGGGGGCCCCCCUGGGCGGUUCGGAGGGCUUUGCCUAGGCCGUUCACUGCAGACACGACCAUUUGGCUUAGUCUUAAAGAACCAGAAAUAUGCCAACUGA